AUGAAUCUAGACAAGCCACUUGAUGAUAUCAUCAAAUCCAACCCAAAGAAGGGACGUGGACCUCGCGGAAACCGUGGUCGCCCUGCUCGUCGUUCAAGCGGUGGUGGCGCUCGUGCCGCUGCUUUAGGUAAAGGUGCUGGCGGUGCUGCUCAAAGUGCUGCUGCUCUUGCCGCCGCUAACCGUGCAAAGGCCCCCGUUGUAAUCCCAGGUCGCACACCCGGAGGAAAGCAAGGAAGCAAGAUUAUCGUUGGUAACCUUCCUCUGGAUGUUACUGAAUCACAAGUCAAGGAUCUCUUCGCAUCAUCCAUCGGUCCUCUUCGCCGCGUAAAUAUGAGCUACAAAGCCAACGGUAGCUCAACUGGUCAAUGCACCGUUGAGUUCCAACGCACCGAAGAUGGUAACCGUGCUUAUCAAACAUACAACAAUCGAUUGAUUGACGGAAAGAAAGCACUACGUAUCGAAGUUGUUGUCGACCCAGCAAGAGCUAUUCAAGAUGCACAAGCACAAGCCGCACAAUCAGCUUUGGCUUCUGGAUCACCAGCAGCAGCCGCGGGUCGUCGUACUGCCAGCCGUCGUGGUGGCCGUGGCGCUCGUGGUGGUCGCGGUGGCGGUGCAGGUCGCACAAAGCAACCAAAAAAGACUGCUGAAGAAUUGGAUGCUGAAAUGGAAGAUUGGUCAGGUCAAAACAAGAAGGAAGCUCCUGCUGCUUAA